ACCUGCGGGGGUGGAGGGCACUGCACAAACUAUUGUAAACGCGUCAUUAGUCACCCGAGACCUGUUAUUUUCCUUAUGCAUUCUGCGUAGGCAGUAUCCGAGUGUGUGUGUACUUUUUUUUUUCCAGCAAAUUGCUCGAGAAUUUUCUUAUCUCAACUUUGGGCAAUCUCGAGGAGUGAUUUGUCGUGUUUGGAGUUAUUUGAAUUCAGUUGACGUGGGAAAUGGAAGGAGCCGGCAGUUCUGAACAGCAUGAUGAAUGGAAGAAGAGGGCUUUUUUGGGACCUCUCCCUCCCAAUUUUCUCAGACUGGAGGAACACUUGACACCUCAAGAACAGCAGGAAGCUGCUGACCAACAGGCGGCCCUGGCUUUGCAACAGCUGCAGGGAAUGUCCACCGCUGCUGCACCAGGACUUGGAAGGCUCAGUAUUACUAUUGCACAGGCGAAGUUAGUUAAAAAUUACGGUAUGACGAGGAUGGACCCAUACGUGAGAUUGCGAGUUGGUCACGCGAUUUACGAGACUCAAACUGCCACAAACGGAGGGAAAAAUCCACACUGGAACAAAGUUAUUCAAUGUUGGCUACCAGCAGGUGUAGACAGAAUAUACGUGGAAAUUUACGACGAGUGUUCUUUUACCAUGGACGAGUUGAUCGCCUGGGGACACAUAGAGAUUCCACCUCAAGUUAUCCAGAGAGGGGAGACUCACGAGGACUGGUACAUGCUCAGUGGAAAACAGGGUGAUAAUCAAGAGGGCAUGAUUGAUUUAGUCUUCAGUUACACGGUAAAAACUAAAUGCCAGCCGUACGUGGCUGGACCUCCAAUGGUGAUGGUACCGAAUGCCACAUCGAACCUGAUGUUUGGAAUGCAAGGAUAUUCCCCUGUCAAUGUUUACACUGCACCACCAGUAGCUGCGGCGCAACAACCCCCUGUUCUUGCAAGUGCCAGACCGGAAGCAGAGACUGAAUUACAGCAGAUUGCUGAAAUGUUCCCAAAUGUCGACAAGGAGGUGAUAAAAUCCGUCUACGAUGCCAACAACGGUAAGAAAGACACCACCAUAAACUCUCUACUCCAAAUGUGCGAAUAAUUAUCAUUCCUCAACACGGCGUAAAUCGAAAUAAUUCUAAUCUUCAAAACUAUUUGUAUUUUCUGCAAAAAAAAACAGAGAAAAUAUGUAUUCUAUAUUAAUGUAAUAUAUUUGUAAAUUAUUAAGAUGCAUUGUUGACGUUUUGUGGGUAACUGUGAAGAGAGAAAAUGGGUUUUUUGCAUUUUUAAGUCAUAUAAAUAUCCAUAGAAUUUAUUUUUAAUCCGAUCUAAACAUGAAUAGCAAAAGACUCAUUCAUAAUUUUACACGUCAAUAACCCGUAAUGCACGUGACUAUCAUUAUAAAUCUUUUAUUACAAAUUUUUUCGAAACGAUUUGAAUCAACAAAUUUGUAAUGUGCAUGUACAUGGACGAUUUUUCCUACCCCAAACGAGAGAAUUAUACCAUUUCACCUGGAAUGUAAUUUAAUCCUAUAAAAAUGUUUCAUUCA